UUUUCCCCUCUUUUUAAUUGAUUUGUAUCUUCAAACGCUUAAACACAAUUUAAAAUUAGAAUAAUUUAAAGACAUUGUCAUCAAUAGUUUCUAUUAAAUAACGAUGAAGAAUGUUAUCGAAUAUCUUCCUGAUGAGUUACUAUUAGAGAUAUUUAAUUAUAUUCCCGGCAAAACGCUGAAAAAUUUGUGUCUUGUUUGUAAGAGAUGGAAAGACAUUAUCACAACUUCAGCAUCGACUAUGAAAACUUUACCAUUUGAUCUAACAAGAUAUGUGAUUAAUCCAGGAAACGUAACAAAUGAACAUUAUACUGUAAUGAUUGAUCAUCUUGAUGAGAGAUGGGAUUUAGAUGUCCUAAAUGUGCUUGGUGAAACUUGUCAGUUCCUUCAUGUCAGCUAUUCUAUAUUCAGAAAUCCAAUGAUAUUGCAAAAUAUAUUUAACAACUUUAGAUUUUUACAAAAAUUAGUCCUUGUCCGGGUGAAGGUCAAUUUCAAUAUCACGCAAGAAAAUAAUUUCAAUAUAACACUCAAAGAGCUCGAACUUAUUCAAACUGAUCAUGUUGUUCUUGACUCAUUAACCAACAUACAAACUCAUACAAUGUCAGUUAUUGACGGUGCUAAUGUAACAAACUCUCACUCUCUAGUCAAUUUUAUGUCACAACAAGAAAUUCUCGAAGACUUGACAAUUGAAAAUCUUUCAGAUGGUUUAAGUGCACUAUUUGAAGUUGAUUCAUCAGAUCGAUUCAAAUUCAAGCUUAAGAGGCUAUCAACACUUAUCUCCAUGAUCCGAAAUCAUCAAAAUGCUGAAGACAACUUUAUAUUAUUUCUAAAACAUCAGCAAGAGAGUUUGAAUGAGUUGAAGGUUGAGGGAUCGCUAACUUAUUUAGUUUACAAGUUUAUCAUAGGCAAUCUCAAUAAUCUCACAGAUCUGGAAGUUAAUGUUAAUGAAAUACCACAUGAAGUUUGCUUUUACGAACUUUUAAAACCAAAUAGAAGAUUAAAAAUCUUAAGAAUCACAAGUACAAUUACAAGGACAAACUUGGAUGGGUUCAAAGGACUUUUAAUUCACUAUCCGCAUAUUCAAGAAAUCUCAUUGUGUGAUACUGACUCUUUCGUUAUUAACGACGUGUUUCAAUUAAUGUCGCUGAAAUUAAGAAAUCUACAUAAAUUAUCAAUAUUAAAUCUUACCAAUAUGUUCAAUCCCCAUGUUACCUUGCACUCUUUAAAACACUUUUCGCUGAGAAUCUUGAACAAUGUCAAUCAAUGGAAAGCUUUCAUCGAGAGAAAUGAUUCACUUGUGUCAUUGAACAUGGGUUGGAUAAAGCGAGACCAAUUUACGGAAACAACAAUAAAAGAAAUUGUAAGCUUACCAAAUUUACGUCAUUUGAAGUUUGGCGGUCGUUUCAUAGCAGCAAAACGCAUCUUUGAUGUUAUAAAGCAAAACUAUAUGAAUCUUCGUAUUCUCGAGUUUACAGUUGCAAAUUAUGAUGAGAUAAAAAGCCUGAAGAUCGUUUUUCCAUUAAAAAAGGAAUUGUGGAUUCCCCGUCAGACAAAAAUGAUUUCUUUAAGAAUUUUAAUCACUUUUGCUAUCAUUGGAGUAUCCUUCGCACAACGUGGAAGUUACGCAGGGCAAAGCAGACCAAUUAUGGGCUCGAGAUAUCAGAAUAUGAUGGGAACAAGUAAUUUUGCAGCACCUGCCACAGGUAUUGCAGCACCUGACACAGGUGUGAGAUUUAUGCAGAACCCGGUUUAUUCCAUGCAACCUGCUGUGUACAACGGAGGUUUCGGUGGAGGUUUUGGACCUGGAUUUGGUGGUUUUGGAGGUUUUCCUAAUCAAGGAUUCAAUCAACAAUUUCCUUUUGGUGGAUUCAAUGCAUAUUUUUUAAUCAACAAAUUUCCAACAAAACCUCUAUCUCCAGUCAUUUUUGUACCCGGUGAUGGUGGAAGUCAAGUUGAUGCUCGUUUGAAUAAACCAAGCACUGUGCACAUAUUUUGUGAUAAAACAACAAAAGAUUGGUUCAACUUAUGGUUGAAUCUUGAACUUCUAGCACCACUGAUCAUAGAUUGUUGGACAGAUAAUGCAAAACUUCAUUAUGACAAUGUUACAAGACUAACAAGUAAUUCACCAGGUGUUGAAACUCGUAUUCCAGGAUGGGGUAAUCCAGAAGUUGUCGAAUGGAUCGAUCCAUCACAUGCCAAACAAGGCGCAUACUUCAAAGAAAUCGGAAAUGCUUUAGUCAGAAGCGGAUAUGUUCGUAAUUUGUCACUUCGUGGAGCUCCAUAUGACUUUAGAAAAGCUCCAAAUGAAAAUCAGAAAUGGUUUGUUGACUUGAAGAUCUUGGUUGAAGAGACUUACAAGAUGAACAACAAUGAACCGAUAACAUUUAUUGCACAUAGUAUGGGUGCACCGAUGUUAGUGAUUUUUCUCCACCAACAAACACAGCCAUGGAAAGACAAAUAUAUUGCACGAAUGAUAACAAUUGCUGGUGCUUAUGGUGGAUCAGCAAAAACAGUUAAAGUCUUUGCUGUUGGCGAUGAUUUAGGCGCAUUUGCUCUUCGUGCUUCAGUUAUGCGUGAAGAACAAAUAUCAAUGCCUUCCUUAGCGUUUUUACUUCCAUUUCCAACCUUUUGGAAGCCUGAUGAAAUUUUAGUUCGAACAAGAACUAGAAACUACACAUAUGCGCAAUUGAACGAAUUUUUUGUCGAUCUCGGUUAUCCAAAUGGAUGGGAAAUGCGAAAAGAUAAUUUAAAAUAUGUUCAAGAUUUUUCUCCACUCAACAUAGAGAUUCAUUGUCUUUAUGGAACGAAAAUUGAUACUGUGGAAGUACUGGAUUACAAGAAAAGUGAUGACCUAAGUGGAUCUCCCGACCUUAUCUACGGCGAUGGUGAUGGAACAGUCAAUGGAAGAAGUCUUAAAGGCUGCACUUAUUGGCGAGGACUACAAUCACAAUCAAUUACAACGCUAGAAAUUCCAAAAGCUGAGCAUUUUGAAAUUCUUUCAAAUCCUCAAAUUGUUUCUUACGUUCUUGACGUUUUAGUAAAUUAAAUUAUUUUAUAUCUGAUUAUAAAAACUGAAUAAUAUUCAUCAAAGAGAUUAUUUGUGAGUAAAUUGUAAACAAAGCAAUUGUGAUGUAACAAAAUAUAUGAAUCCGUAUGAUUAAAAGAGAUUCUCGAAAGAUUUUUCAUUAGAUUGGGAAAUGUUUCACAUUCAGUUGCGUUCUAUGGUUGU